AUGAUUUUGGCAUGUGUUGGAGCAGCACUGGUUCUUUCUGAAACAUCAGCUGCUGCCAAGUCUAAACAGCGCUUCCAAGCCAUCGCGAUAUUGAGCCGUUACCAAUAUACUGCUGAGCAACUCACCGCAGUCAUGGAACAGGAUCCAAUUCAACACGCCAAAGCUGAAAGCAUUUUACAAAAAAUACGCUGGAUUGCACCGAUGUACGAAAUUCGGAUGCAAUUGCAACGCUUAAAUGCAGAUACGCUUGAUCAACAUAUGGUGAUCAACAGUACUGGGGAACUGCGCUUAUUACAGCGUGAUAUUGCCAAUGUAGUGAAACGGCUACAUUUCAGCUUCCUUGAGCUAAAAGAACAUACUGAACAAACAGAAGAUGACUUACGUCGUACAUUAGACACCUUAGAAGUCCAGAACAUUACCUAUAAACAAGCCCGUGAUCAGGCGAUUUCAUCCAAUCAGGCGAAGUCGGUCUUCCUUGCCAAUAUCAGUCAUGAAUUACGUACCCCAUUAAAUAGUAUUGAUGGCUUUAUUCAUUUGAUGUUGCGCCAAGACAAUUUAAGCAAUGAUCAAAGUUUAUAUUUACAGACCAUCCGUAAGUCUUCUGCACAUUUAUUGGCAUUGAUUAAUGAUGUACUCGAUUUCUCGAAAAUUGAUGCAGGUAAAUUAGAACUCGAAACUGCACCUUUUGAUCUUGAAGAAGCAAUUUUCGAUGUGAUGGAUAUGCUCUCGCCAUUGGCAGCGCAAAAACAUAUCGAGAUGGCAUUCUAUUUCGCAGACAAUGUGCCUAAACAUGUCAUUGGUGAUGCCUUACGCUUUAAACAGGUGCUGACCAAUCUUAUUUCCAAUGCGAUUAAAUUCACCCCUGAUGGUGAAAUUAUUGUUCGUGCGCGGAUGGAACAUGAUGAUAUCGGGCAAUGUUUGCUGCACUUUAGUGUACAAGACAGUGGUAUUGGUUUAAGUGGUACCGAUCGUAAACGACUAUUUGAAUCAUUCUCUCAAGGUGAUGCUUCUGUCACUCGCCAAUUCGGUGGUACAGGACUCGGUUUAGCCAUUUCUAAGCAACUUGUACAUUUGAUGCAUGGUCAAAUUGGCUUUGAAGAUAACCAAGAACGUGCACCAACAGAAAAAGGUUCAACCUUCUGGUUUACUGCCAUGUUAACGGUAAAUGAAGAUGAAGAAAUUGUUCAUCCAUCAUUUAAAAACUUAAAUGUAGUGUCUUUCUUGGCACACCCUGCAACUGCCAAUGUAUUACGACAUUACUUAGAAGACUAUCAAGUCCAGCACACUGAAGCGCAAUCGAUUUUAGAUCUGUUUAGCCGCCUAAAUAGCCUAGAAAAAAAUACUGAAAAUACCUGGUUGAUCGUUGAUCACAGUGGAGAUACCGAAGCCUUACUUAAAGAAAUUCGUGGUCGUUAUCAAGGUCAUUUGGCGGUAUAUGGCUAUCAAAUGUCACUUGAUCCAAAUAUGUUGACUGAAUAUAAAGCGCGUCCAUUGUAUCAACCACUGAGCCGUAGUUCAGUGAUUCAACUAUUAAGUAAUCAGCCUGUUUUUGAACAAGAACAUCAUAAAGACUUUAAAGGGCAAGAUUUACAUGUUUUAGCAGUAGAUGAUCAUUUACCGAAUUUGAUCGUACUAGAAGCGCUAUUAGGCGAGCUAAAUGUAAAAACCACCAAAGCUCUCAGUGGUCAAGAAGCCUUAACCAUUAUUCAACAAGGGGUUGAACAAGGCGCAAAACCAUUUGAUCUUAUCUUUAUGGAUAUCCAAAUGCCAGUCAUGUCUGGGAUAGAUACCACACGGGCAAUUCGUUCGCUGGAAUCCACCUUAGAUGGUAUGCGAAUGCCGAUUAUUGCAUUGACAGCUCACGCAUUGGCUGAUGAAAAACAAAAACUACUCAAAGUGGGUAUGGAUGACUAUGUAACCAAGCCGAUCCAGAUUGAACAAAUUAUUCAAAUUCUCACCAAUUGGACAAGCGAUAAAUUUAUUCAACAUCAACAGCCUAUCGAAAAUACAGUAUAUAUCGAAGCGCUGGACUCUUAUAUUCUAGAUUGGAAACAAAGCCUUGCCUUAGCGGCCAAUAAAGAAGAUCUCGCACAAGAUUUGUUAAAAAUGCUAGUCGACAGCUUCCCAACGGAGUUGGCUGAAAUUGAGCAACUCAUUGAGCUUGAGGACUUCCCGCAAUUAGAACAUGUCUUACAUCGCUUAUAUGGUGCUACCCGUUAUGUCGGCACACCAAAAUUGCAACGCAUUACGGGUGAUUUUGAACAAUUUAUUUCCAUGCUACGCAAAGAGCGCCGUAAAGCAGAUGAAGCCUUUAUCCAAGACGUGAUGAAACGCUUUGAUGAGCUUCAAUUGGCGAUUCAUGAAGUUGAAACAGCUGCACAGCAGAUUUUACCCGCUUCAUAA